UCUAAGGAAAUAAUGCAUCAAAAGUGCUAAGCAAAGUGUCGUGUCUAUCGAAAUCUUUUAUUACUUGAACCACUACCAAAUUCAGUUAGUUAUGAAACAGAUCGCAGCGUGCAGUGCACAUUUGUAAAGCCGCAUUUUCCGUGAUUUUGGCUUUCCAAAAGUAAGUCUUAUGUGUGAAUCAUUGUCGAUGAUGCCAAAGAUAAAUUUCGUAUGUUUGUCGCGACACACUUAUUUUUGAAUAGCCGUCGGAAGUAAAUAUCUCAUGAGAAUCAGGCUGUCCGAAAUGUCGAGAAAAAUAUUGCACUUUCGUCACAUUAUGAUAGUGAAAAAUUUAAAUAGCCGAGUUUCAUACCUUUAGUUCGCUGAAAAAGUCUCGAGUGCGAAUUAUCGUUACCGGGAGUGUCAAAGGUACGUGUUGCACGUUCGUCUAAAGUAGAAUGACCGUUUAUCGUUCGUCGGAAGACCGAGUGCCGAGUGAAGUGUCGCGCGUAUCGAAAGAAAUUCGCGUAUCUCAAUCGCUACGAUGUUCAGUCAGUCUUGAAACGUAUCGCGACGUUCGGUACGUGCUCGUAAAACCGCUUCGUAUCUCUCCUAAUUUUGGCUUAUCGAAGGAGGAUCUCGCGCGUGUAUCAUCGCCGAGAGUGCCGAAAGUAAAUCUCGCGCGUGAAUCGCGAUGAAACAUUGCCUAUUAACUAUCAAAUGGCCGCCGAAAAUGGUUAUUUCGCGUAACGGUCGGUUGAGGGUGGUGAUCGACGUGUCGCUACAUGUUCGUUACAUUAUGGCGGCUUCAAGUUCCAAAUAAUCGGCAAAAAUGAAUAUCUGAGGUACUGAGUCAGGAAUGCCGGCAGAAGUAUCGCGUCGAAUAUAUUAAUCGUUAUACGAUUUUUAGUCAGUCGUGUAAUAAUCGAAAAGUCGUUUCGUAUGUUUCGCGAUUUGGUUCGUCGAAUGUAAGUCUCGCGCGCGAAUCAUUCCUGGGAGUGCCGACAAAAAGUUUCGUGCUGUUAUUGUGAAAAGAAUAUCAUAAAAUAGCCGUCGAACAUAAACAUCUCGUGAAACCGACUACCGAGAGUGUCGAGCAAAGUUUUACACGUUCGCCGUGAUAUGGCGGUCAAAGUUCAAAUGGCAGCCCUUUGCACUGUCGAAGCAGUGUUGCGCGCGAAUAUCGUCAGGAAUGCCGAAAGUAAGUCUUGCGCGUGUGUGUAUUGUGGUCAUGAAGUAACUAUAGAAAGUGGAUAUCUUGCGGAACGGAUCGUCAAGAAUGGAGUGUCGCACAUUCACAUGGCAGUUUGGAGCUCAAGUUGUCGCGUUUUGCGCAGUCGAAAGAGAAGUCGUACGAAUUUAAACGUUAGAAGCUGCGAUGUUGCAUCUCUGGCGGCGGCUCUGACAAAAUGGCGAGCGUUGAGAAAUCAUGCGCCGUCGGACAGAAGUUGCGUCGAUAAAGACGCAACUACGAACUUGGUCGAUUAAGCCUUCUUGGGAACGAUCCGCCGCAGCAGACGGACGGAACAGAGAUACGCGUAUAUUGGUAGCCGAUGCGUGGUCCACCAGCAUGAAACCGUUUCCGGUUUUCGGGCGUUGUUCCGGUUGAAUUUGGAAAGAGGACUGUACGAUGAGGAUGGAACGCAACUUUACAACAUGGACAGACACGUACAGGCGUGACAGGGUGCUGCCCUCUGCAGGCUAAAAUUAGAGGGUGCUGUCCGAAGUUCUCCGCUACACGUUUGCAUUUCCUAUGCACUAUUUCCCACGUGUAGGUGCGUACAGUCCCGCGCGAAACUCGCCGUCGGCUUUCCGCGGCCGACGCGCGUGUACGUGCAAAAUUUAUCAGCUUAUCGUCGAUUGAUUUAUUGCGCGCAAGGAGAGUGGAAUAAAAAAAAAAAUCGAAAAAAAAAAAAGAAGAAAAACGCACCGGAUUCAUGAAUGAAACUGUUUUCGCCGUCCCAACUCUGCACGCUAGCGAGCGAGCGCGCGCGCGCGUAUCGCCGCGACUUUUUAUUCGAUGAUAUUUUAUGAAAGCGAUUUGUUAACGCGUGCGAUUCCAGGGAAAAAAAUGUUUUCUCAACCGAUCUGUGCGCUUUGUUGCAGUUUCGGCGGAACUUUGCGGCGAUACGCGUAUACGAUCGCCUUUCGGGGGAUAUUGAAUGAUAGACGAUGCUUUGGCGCGUGUAUGUCUGUACGAGUAGAGCAAAGUUUAAUUAAUCGAGAUGCUAAUUCCGUAUCGCGCUAUCGCGCGUGAUGUUCUACGCGCAACGUCGCGGAGAUAGAGUCGCUGACGGAUGCGGUAUUCAAGGGCGAUUUAUAUCCAUUUUACACAGAGCAGCUCCAUCAAUCGCGGAAUCAAACGGAUUAGCGCUGGUCGUCGGAUUAUUUCACCUUUUUCUCCAUUGAUUUCGAAAUCGGUUUCCGACUAUCUUUUUCCCACCUAACGAUCGGACCGUGUCAUCCAAGACACCCUCGUCGUCACGGCGGGGGGUUCGACGAAUUUCGCGGAGGACUGUACGCGCGUACCCUCUCCAGAGGCAUUAGACGCAGUGUAUCGGCGGCCGUGCUCGUGCGCGAGUAUUAGACACCAUGCCCGCAGCUCAUUUGCCAACUCCGGCAAAUUUACCAAAUUUAAAUGCAAAAUCGGCCGGUGCUCCGCCGGUUCGAUGGAGGCGCGAGCGAGACGGCGAGCGGAGCGCCGAGAGAGGAACGGGGAAAGAGGAAGGCGGACAGAGGAUGAGAGACAGAAAGACAGAUAUAGAAGCGAGGAGAGAACGAGCGAGCGAGAAAGGGCGAGGGGUGGGUGGCGUUAGUGGUAUGGAGAGGAAACGCACUGGUGAGACCGAGAGGGUAGCACGAGCGCGAUAUAGGUAGAUAGAGGCGCGAUAGUGGUGCGAGAGGGUGAGGGCGGAAGAGGAACGGAGACAGAGACCGUGGUAGGAAACUCAAAUGGUCGCAAUGGUGCGGUAUAGUAGUCGCCUGGUUGUCAGGCGCAGCAUGCGAUUGGUUCGCCGACCGUGUGUUACCUCUCUCUCCUCUUCGCGUGUCUAUUCGCUAUCGUCCCGUCUUUCUUUCGCGCGUACCCUGCCCAACGCGUUCCGACUUUCUCGUCACCCCCCGCAAGCCCCUCGCGGCCGCGUUUUCGUUGCCGUCGCGCGAGGCUGUCCGCGAUCCUCCAAGUGAGAGCUGAUGUCUUCGACAGUCGGCCGAGGAAAAGUUUCGCGGGCGACUGUCGGCGCGAGUAAUGCAACUAAGAGCCGCCUUCCUCUUUUAAAUGCGGAAGUUUAAAUAGUUAUGCGCCGCAGCAAUUCGCAGCGAAACGGCCGAGCGGACCCGCGCAUUUGUCGCGUAUCAUCCUCGGCGGGAUUCGAGGAUCGCGGAAUAAACGCUCCUUCAUAUUUUCUUUCAUCUCUCUCCGGUCUGAUGAAAUGACAAGUGAGAUCACUUUCGGCGUGGAAUCGCGCACCACCUUUUCGACUCUUCAACGACGCAGCCGAUAGUUCGUACCGCCCGCAACGGUCACAAAACGUCGACUGAUCGUGCGUUUGCAUUUGCGUUUUUUUUUCUUUUUCGACGCACCGUUUUACGAGUAUAUUAAUUUCGGGAAUAAUAAAAUAUCGCCGAGCGCGUUUAUCCCGCUGUAACAAUUACCUGGAUUUAUCCCGUUGUGUUUCGGUCCGAGUGUUUCUUUUUAGCCGUUGUGUCGGUGUGCAAGAUUGCAAAAACCGGCGUGUACAUCCGGCGG